AUGGGUAUACAAAGAGUUUCAAGCAAAGAUUCAUCACUGAUAGAUGCUGAUGAAUCACGGGUCGCUGAGGAAUUAUCCGAAAAAUGCCUCUCUUAUCUGGGUGAUCUCUAUUUCAAUAGAACGAAAGUCGGAGAUUUUUACUCGCGUUCCAUUGCGUGUGGUUAUUACAAGAUGUUGACUCGCAUAAACCCGGAUGAUGGCUUGGGUCAUUAUAAACUGGCUGUUAUGGAUAUUGGACGAGCUUUCCGCAUAAAUAUUGUCUUCCACUUUCUUCGCUCACUCUUAUUAUCACAACCCUAUGCGCUUAGCAAGGAAAAAUUGUUAUACGAAUUGAAUCAAAACGAAAAUAGGUUCUUUAUUCUUGAGAAAAGCAAUGCGACAAUGCAAACGCUGGAAAUUUUAUUCGCACACAGAAGAAGGCCUCUGAAAUUGAAGGACUUGCGACUUGUUGCUCUGCGCUUUUUGGAGGUAAUAUUUCUGAACAUCCGACACCACCUUGAUUUAAAGAAGAACUCCUUACAAGUGAAUCUCAAUGAUGACUUGUUCGCUGCAGUUGUGAGUGAUAUGGCCUUCAUUCUCAGGUCAGAGAGCAAGCGUUUCGGAUCACAGUAUGUCAGGGAAAUGUUGCCAAAUCCCAAACGACUGUACAAUGGCGUCCCUGACUUUUGUCCUGAUCUAACUAGGACAGUGGGGUUGGCUGGAACUAGUACAAGUCUUCUACCGGCGAUAAUUAUGAGAAUUAUAACGACAACUAUCCUCUCAAAUGAAUUACUUCUUGGAAGCGAUCUGGAUGAUAAAAUUCGGGAGGAACACGUCAAGGUGAUAUUUGAACAGUCCAGGCAGCUUCCUUUACUCCUACUCAACAUCCUAGACCUCCUUCUAAUCUAUUCAUUCCGUUCCUUGGCAAAAUCUACAAAUAUUUUCACCACAUCUGCUGCUGAUAUGAUGCGUGAGAUAUAUGGAGAAGAUGAUGAUAGAACAUACUGUGGAGGUGAAGCAUUAGAAACCGAAGAAAAUUCGUAUAGAAAUAAAGAAGACCAAGAAAUUUCCCAAAUAGAGGGAGAAGCGGAUGCAUGUUCGCUUUCUAAGACAACAAAUAAGUCAAUGGCUAAUAAAGAGACCGUAGGAAUGGAAAGCGAAGAAGUAACCCUCGGGGAAGGGGAGGAUGAAUCAAGUGAUGAUGGAGAGUCGGAAGGAUCCGAUUUCGGUCGAUUGAGGGGACAUCGUUUGCGCCGGCUACGUGCUCAUUGCCGCAUGAUUGAUGAGGACGAUUUUAUCAAUUCCUCUUCCAGUGAAUACUCCUAUGUAGAAGAAGAAGACGAUGACCCCUAUGGUGACUCCGAAGAUGACGAUGAUGAUCAUUCAGAGUUCAAUCUUCCAGAGGAGGAGGAUGUAGGAAAUGAAGAUGGUGGUGGUGACCAGUACCCCGCUUAUGAUGAUUUUGAUGUUGAACUUGAUGAUGUUGCCGAUAAUGAGGAAGAAGCAGAAGACGAAAAUAAAUUGAGGACAUCACGAGAUAUCAACAAGAAGUUAGCAGAUGAACUCGCAAAAGUUCGGAUUCCACACUCCACUCCUGACAGCAGAUCUCGCAAUGUAGAUGCUGCUCAUAAUGGAGAAGUAGGAUCAAAUCCAGGAUCAGAUAACGAUGGUAAUGACGAGGAGCACGAAGAGAGUGAUGAGUCUGAUCGUGAAUAUGAAACAUCUAGUGACUACGAUGAAGAAGAUGCUGAAACCAACUACGGACCAAUUGGUCAACCUCGUGUCUGGCUACGUCUAUUUGUCGCCUCCUUUUUUGUUGACAUCUUUAUUGCUGGAAUUAAACUCAUCCUUGAAUGGCUUCUGACCGCUCAACCAUUCCUCAAAGCAGCCUCUACAACUCACCCUCUUCUUAUGCAACAAAUUGUUUCGCAUUUUGCUAGUUUGAUUAAUUUCUUGAAUCCAAUAGUAGCACUUGCCAAAAAGGAGUCGGAAUCAGAGGAGAUAAUGAAGGGCAGAUGCCGCGGCCUUCCUAUCCACUAUAUUCAUUCCACCACACCUGAAUUACUUCCUCAUGUGUCUUCUCAAUGUCGAGAGAUGAUAAAGAGAGAAUUUGAAAAUGACACGACUCCACAAAGUCAACCCCCGCUGACAGAAGAAUGGCUGCUUCGUAGUACGCCAACAAUGUCAAUUGCAUUUAAGGCGAUUGAUUUCGAUGUAAAGCCGUUGAAAAAUAGGAUUGAGGAAACCCUAGUGCGAUGUGUAAAAUUAACCAAGUUUGGGCAUGAAUUCUGCAAACUUGCAAAAAAACUUAAUCUCAAUCUGGAGUAUCACAAUGAUGUGGAUUAUUUCCUAGCCCCAUUGCCUCUAGAUGAAGAGAGUUCUGAGAGUAUUUCUAGUGGUAAACAUAGUUACAGAAAGAAUCGCAAGAGAACUUCUGCUAAAAACAAAUCAGAUCUGGCCAUUAAACCAAAGGCAUCGAUGGAUGAGGAAACGAUGAGAAAUCUGGCUAAGCGACGAUUAGAAAAUGAAGUGGCCAGCUUGUCAAAUCUGAAGCCUUCCAGGAAUGAGUCUGAAAGUGAAACGAAUAAGGCAGACUCAUUAUCAGAUAGGUUGCCACAUAUUGUGAUUGAUUCCUACUGCUUGAUCUCGAAUUCCAUUUUCAUGAGUCGCUUACUGAAAUCGAAAUCAACCGUUAUCGUUGUUCCAAGUAAAGUUGUCAAACAUCUCGAUCAACUGAAGAAAACCUCUGCGGCCGCAAGAUCAGCAACUCGAAUGUUGGAAGAAGGACAAACCACUUGUAUUCACAUCCAAGAGGCAACAGAGACUCCCGAGGGCAGCAUACAACUUCGUCUCGGUGGUACGAAUCUGAAUGCCGAUGAAAGCGUUGACAGCCGCGUAAUGUCUACUGACAACACUCCUGUAAAUUUUGGCGUCUUGUACAGAUGGGUUAACAUCAUUGAAUGCUCAAUUUACUUUGCGUCGCGGAAGAAGAAAGUCUCCUUUUUCAAAGGCGCCGAGAUUGAAGUGGGCAAGUCGGUGGAGCUGGUUAAUGUAUUGGAAUUCCAGUCAACCUUGCCAGAAAUCGAAAAGCCCACAAUCUCCGUGGUUAUAAAUACCAAGGCCACACCAGCAGAUGAACUUAGAAUUCCCGCGGAGUUUGUAAAAAUUGCUCAUGACUCAGGUAUUCCCACGCUUCUUAUUCUACCACAAUCUCAAAGAUAUUACUUCCAUCUAGGCGGUGUUGUCUUUGAGGCCCUGCACAAAUUCUCUCGUCGAUGGAAGUUCACUGAUCAAUCGCAGGGUUAA